AUGACCAACGUCUUGGCGUUGCCUGUUGAGUAUGUGCCGAGCCACGCUACGACAUCGCUGUUUUCUAGUUUCCGGCAGCGCAGACCACCCAGUGAUGACGAUUGGGCGCAUAAUGAGUUUGAUUUUGAGCCGUUCGUGAAGAACGACUUGCAAAUCAAGCUCGAGACGGAUGACCAGACAUGCCCGCGUUUCCAGCGUGGACGUGGUACGUGCCACUUGGGCGGUGCGUGCACGCUGCGCCACUGCCUGACGCCAUCGCCCCCGAUACCAACGAACCAGACCCGUGAUGUGUCACGGCGCACGGUCUGCAAGCACUGGCUGCGAGGACUGUGCAAGAAGGGCGACAUGUGCGACUACCUGCACGAGUACGACCUGCGGCGCAUGCCGGAGUGCCGCUUUUUCGCCACUUUUGGAUUCUGCAACUCGACGGAAGACUGCUUGUACGUGCACAUUGAGCCUAGUGUCAAGCGCCGCCGGUGCGAACGCUAUGAGCGUGGCUUUUGUGAAUUGGGUCCCCAGUGUCCCAAGAAGCAUGUGCGCCGCACCGCCUGCCCGUACUACCUAGCUGGCUUCUGCCCGCUGGGCACGGAGUGCAAUAUGGGUCAUAUUAAACCGUUUGUGCCGUCGCCAGAGUCGCGCGCGACGACGCCGCUCUUGACGCACCGUCCACUGACCAUGAUGGAGGCGUUUGGCGGAGCGCCCGGCAUUCAAGAGCUCCCCACCGACCGUCAUACAGGCAGAGCUAUGAUUCCCGCCAAGGACUGGGCAGCAGCAGCCGAACUGCGGAAGAGCACGGCCUCACAAGACAUGAACGCACGCAAGCUCAACGAUGUCCUGUGCUACAAGUGCGGCGAAUACAAUCACUUUGCCAAUGCGUGCCCCAACUCGGCGCGUCUUGGCCUGCGCGACCGAGGCUGGCGGCCUAUGUAG